UAGAAAUCAUUCCCCACAUCCACAUCUCCACAGCCGCCGCCCAAGAACACACCUUUCCUCCUCCCGCAGCCACCCGUUGCCUCCCUCCCAAGACGAUGGGGCCAGGGAAGAGGACGCGCGGUGGGAAGAAGCCUCCUCGCCCUCCUGCGGUCCUUCCAGAUUCGGUGGCAACUUGUUGCCUCAGUCCGACGAGCACGACGAUGUUGCCAGGGAAGAUGACGCCCGGCGCCAAGAGCAUGCCUUGCGGCAAGAGCUCGCCUUCAUUCUCUUCUUCAGUCCUUCCAGAUCCUGCGACAAUCCCUCACCUCUCUCGCACGAGCAACACGAUGCCAGAGAUCCUAGAUCAGGAAGACAUCGACUUAAGCUCUUUGAGGGCACGUAAUAUAUUGAGGAACAAUCAAUAUGCUCAGCGGUUGGGUGUUCGUAGACUAGCAGAACUAUUGCAGAGUUCAUUUGCAAAGAAGAGAUCUGUUGAAAAGAUUUUUGAGAAAAAAUCUAAGGCUUUGUUACUAGAGGAAGAUGUGGGCAACAGUAUGUUACCACCUGGUGAUUGUGUCAAAGCUGGAACAGGAAGAACAUCCAAGAGAGUGCUAGCACCAGAAAAUAAAGAAGAUACAAUGAGAUGCACUAGGCAAAGGGCUGCAAGAGAACAAAUGUCGACCACUAGCCUGAUUGAAGCCACAGAGGGUGGACUGGAACCUGAAUUCUCUGCAAACCAGAAUCAGGGCGGGACCAACAAUAUUGAACAAGAAGCAAGAAAAAUACAAAGACAUUGAGCUCACUGCUGUUGAUCUAUUCAAGGAGUUGCAUUGCAGCAAAACUAAAGGUUUUAGUGAACCUGUGAAGAAAGCUUACUAAACUGUUACCUCUUUUUUCCUUCCUUUAUUAAGUACCUUGUGCAAGGAACCUUUAUUUAUAUAAUGAUGCAACACUGAAACCGUGCUUUGAUUGCUAGGAUGAUAUGCAUGCCCAGGAAGCCCUUCCUUCACCAUCAGUAGAAGAUGGGCAGCAAGCUAAGACUUCAGUAGAAGUUGUUUCCAAAGUGCUGCUGAAGUCAAAUACAUUCCUUCGCAAUGUUGGAAUUCAGCAGCCUGCUGCCAAGACAACCAAUGUGGUAAAAGAACUACAAGCUGAAUUGGAUGUAAAGAAGCUAGAGUCUAUAGGACUUCAGCAGGAGCUUGAAAGAUUGAAGGCGCAGACACAAGAAUCUGAGGCAAAAGUGGACAAACAAGCUGAGGAGAUUAAGAGCCUGAGAAAGAUGGCAGCAGAUACUUAGAGCCUCAUUCGACAAAUGAUAACAUUUGGACAGGGUCAGAUCAGUCCGCCCUAAGCUUCCUGUAUCCUAAGGAAUUUGGUGGCUGAUCCUGAAAUUUGAGGCUAGGAUCCCUUUUGGUAUUGGAGCAGCGCUGCUUGAUUGCGUGUCGUGGUGGAUUUUGGUCUUGGUACUUUUGUGUAUGAGAUUUUGGUUGUUGGAAUAGUGUUGGCUGGUGGCAAAUUUUGUGGUUUGGCUGUGCUUGGAGUAUUCGGCUAUAGUUUGGCUCUAUGCAUGGAGUGUUAAAUCUGUUGUUGUAGGUUGUUGGAAGCCUGGAAUGUGGCUGGAUGUCUUUUGUGUAUGGAACAUGUAUUCUAGAUUAUUAUCAAUGGCUGCAACAUAAUCUAUUGUAUGGGCUGACUAUUAUAAUUAUGCAAUUGCUAAUGAGGCCUAUAUUCUGA